CCCACCACAUGACUGAAGACGUAGCGUUCAGCAAGUGACGAACGCGGAACAAAUGAAAACGGAAGUAAAUGUUAGCAAGGAAGGAACCAUUUAGCAAGGAACAGAGAGCGGUUGUGUUUACAAAUGUUUUAAACGUUUUAUAAGCAGUGCUUCUCCUGCUUCUAUCAACACGUCUGUUAUUGGUGGAGGAGAAAUGGACCCACAGAUCUGAUUGGUCACAGACACCAAAAAAUGGAUUUCCCUCAAGAGGGUGAGGAUGCUGUUGGUGGAAAUCAGACAGGCAGAGCAGCAUGUGCUGUGUCCAGCCAGAUGUCCCUGAAGAAAGCAGAGCCUCUUACUGAUGGACAUCAGGGGGUCAGCAAAGGACAAAUAACACAUUGUCCAAAACCACAGACACACAGACCAGUGUCUCCAGUGCCCAGCUGUGUGUCCAUGAAGAGUGACCGCUCUAUGGAUCAGCCUCCCAAACUCAGCAGUGGACCACCACAGUCUUAUCCAAAACCACAGACACACAGGCCAGUGUCUCCAGUGCCCAGCUGUGUGUCCAUGAAGAGUGACUGGUCCAUGGGAAACCCUCUCAAUUUCAGCAGUGGACCACCACAGUCUGAUCCAAAACCACAGUCACAAAGACCAGCAUCUCCAGUGCCCAGCUGUGUGUCCAUGAAGAGUGACUGGUCCAUGGGAAACCCUCUCAAUUUCAGCAGUGGGCCACCACAGUCUGAUCCAAAACCACAGACACACAGGCCAGUGUCUCCAGUGCCCAGCUGUGUGUCCAUGAAGAGUGACUGGUCCAUGGGAAACCCUCUCAAUUUCAGCAGUGGACCACCACAGUCUGAUCCAAAACCACAGUCACAAAGACCAGCAUCUCCAGUGCCCAGCUGUGUGUCCAUGAAGAGUGACUGGUCCAUGGGAAACCCUCUCAAUUUCAGCAGUGGGCCACCACAGUCUGAUCCAAAUGUUUUGAGGAAGGUCCUGACCCAGUAUCAGUUCAGAUGUGGAGUGUGUGAGCAGUUGCUGAAGGACCCAGUCAUCACCAGCUGUGGACACAGUUUCUGCAGGCAGUGCAUCAGCAGAUACUGGAGCCAGUCUGGUCCAUCAGGAGACUACAGCUGCCCCCAGUGCAGAAAGAGACCAAGAACACAACUCAUUACAAACCCUAGUAUAACUAUGGCACAACCUCACCUAUACCCAUCUACAGUCAUGGCACAGCCUUCGGCAUACCAACACAGUGAAAUGGCACUUCAUCUGAACACAUCUGCAAACAUGGCACAAAUUCCUCCAUACCCACACACAGACACUGGGCAUCGUCCUCAGUACUCAAACUCAGCCAUGGGGCAGCAUAAUCAUCCACACAUCCAGCACCCUCUAUAUCCACACAUCCACACAGCACAGAUCUCUCCACUGUCUCCUUUAGAUGAGCACACCGUCAUGGGAGACAGCACCCAUCUGCAAAUUGAGCAUGCUCCAGUCAAAAGGGCCAAACUAACUGAUGUCCAUGUCCGGAAGAAAGUACUGAUGACCCAUAAAGCCAGCAUGAAGCGGAGAUUUGAGAGCAUAUGUGAAGGCAUCAUAAGGUCAGGGACUCAAACACUCCUGAACAAGAUCUACACAGAGCUCUACAUCACAGAGGGAGAGAGUGAAGAGGUGAAUAAUGAGCAUGAGGUUUGGCAGGUAGAGUCAGCAUCCAGGCCACAAACUACAGAGGACACAGCAAUCAACUGCAAUGAUAUAUUCAAGCCCUUACCUGGACAAGAGAGACACAUCAGAACAGUCAUGACCAAGGGAAUCGCUGGCAUUGGAAAAACCAUCUCAGUGCAGAAGUUCAUCCUUGACUGGGCAGAGGAGAGAGCUAACCAGGAUGUAGAUUUCAUGUUUGUGCUUCCGUUCCGUGAGCUGAAUUUGGUCAAACAUGAUCAGUACAGUCUUCAUAAGCUCCUGCUUGACUUCCACCCUGAGCUUAAGGAGCUACAGGAUGAUGAAUACAAAGACUGCCACAUUGUAUUCAUCUUUGAUGGUCUGGAUGAGAGUCGACUUGCGCUGAAUUUCCAAGGAAACAAGAAACUGUCUGAUGUGACACAAACAUCAUCAGUGGAUGUCCUGAUGACGAGCCUCAUUCAUGGAAUUCUGCUUCCCUCUGCUCUCAUCUGGAUAACCUCCCGACCAGCGGCAGCCAGUCAGAUCCCUUCUCAGUGCAUCAGUCAGGUGACAGAAGUACGAGGAUUUAAUGACCCACAGAAGGAAGAGUACUUCAGGAAGAGGAUCAGUGACCAGAAUCAAGCCAACAGAAUUAUCUCACACAUUAAGGCAACCAGAAGUCUCCACAUUAUGUGCCACAUGCCAGUCUUCUGUUGGAUUUCAGCCACUGUCCUUCAGCAAAUACUGGAACUGGAUGAUGGGAAGGAAGCCCCCAAAACUCUGACUGAGAUGUUCAUACACUUUCUGCUCAUCCAGAUCACCAGAAAGAAUCAGAAGUAUCAGGAGGAAAGUGAGACAGAUAGACAGAAGCUCCUGGAAUCACACAAGGGUGUCAUAUUGAAACUGGCAGAGCUGGCUUUCAAGCAUCUGGAGAAUGGCAAUCUCAUGUUCUAUGAGGAAGACCUGAGAGAGUGUGGCAUUGAUGUCAGUGAAGCCUCAGUGUACUCUGGUGUGUGCACUGAGAUCUUCAGGGAGGAAUGUGUGUUUCACCACAAGAAGGUCUACUGCUUUGUGCAUCUGAGCAUCCAGGAGUUUCUUGCUGCACUGCAUGUGUUUGUCUCUUUUCUGAACAUCACGUCUUAUUUUGACUUGUUUGAGUUAUUGAUGAGAGCCAUGGAUAAAGCUUUGGACAGCAAAAAUGGACACCUGGAUCUUUUCCUCCGCUUUCUUGUAGGCAUCUCAGUGGAGAGCAACCAGGUCAUUUUAAACGGCUUGUUGACAAACAAACACAGCAGCUCAGAGACCAUCAAGAAAACAUGUCAAUAUAUCAAGGAACUCAAGAGGAAGAACCCAUCUCCUGAGAGAUACAUCAAUCUUAUCCACUGCUUGUUUGAAAUGAAUGAUCAUUCCCUACAUGAAGAAGUCAAAAAAUAUCUGACAUCUCCCGAUGGCUUCUCAGGUGAAUUGCCACCUGCCCACUGUUCAGCACUGGCCCACAUGCUUCUGAUGUCUGAGGAGGUGCUGGAUGAGUUGGACUUGAGCAAAUACAAAACAUCAGAGGAGGGACGAUACAGACUGGUAUCAGUUGUGAGAUACUGCCAGAAAGCUCUACUUGCGGACUGUAAGCUAACAGAGAAGUCCUGUGAGAUUGUGGCGUCAGUUCUGCAGUCUGCAAACUCCCCUUUAAGAGAGCUGGACCUGAGUCAGAAUGACCUGCAGAUAUCAGGAGAAAAACUGGUCUCUGCUCUCCAGAGUCCAAACUGCAAACUGGAGACACUGAGACUUGCUGGCUGUAAUCUAACAGAGAAGUCCUGUGAGAUUGUGGCCUCAGCUCUGCAGUCUGAAAACUGCCCCUUAAGAGAGCUGGACCUGAGUCAGAAUGACCUGCAGAUGAUAGGAGAAAAGCUGGACUCUGCUCUACAGAGUCCAAACUGCAAACUGGAAAAACUAAGACUUGUUGGCUGUAAACUGAGGGGAAGAUUUUUAGCCUUGGCUCACCAGGGGGCAAACUCACACCUAAGAGAGCUGGACAUGAGUGACAGUGAGCUUCAGGACUGUGGAGGAAAACUGCUCCAACAGCCACUGAAUCAAGACUGUAAAGUGAGACUUACCGGCUGUAGACUCAAAUACAGCUCCUGUGAGGUUGUGGUCUCAGUUCUGCAGUCAUAUAUUUCUCAACUGAGUGAGUUGGACAUGAGUAGCCGUGAUCUGCAAACAUCAGAAGAGAAGCUGCUCUCUGGUCUUAGAAACCCAGACUGCCAGCUUGAAAAACUGAGAUUUGUUGGCUGUAAACUGAGAGGAAGGUUUCUGGCCUUGACUCUGCAGUGGGCAAACUCCCACCUAAGAGAGCUGGACAUCAGUGACAGUGAGCUUCAGGACUGUGGAGAAGAACUGCUCCAUCAAUCACUGAAUCAAGACUGUAAAGUGAGACUCAUCAGCUGUAGACUCAAACACAGCUCCUCUGAGGUUGUGGUCUCAGUUCUGCAGUCAUAUAUUUCUCAACUGAGUGAGUUAGAUAUGAGUGGCUGUGAUCUGCAAACAUCAGAAGAGAAGCUGUUCUCUGGUCUUAGAAACCCAAACUGCCAACUGGAGAAACUGAGACUUGCUGGUUGUAAACUGACAGAGGAAUCCUGUGAGAUUGUAGCCUCUGCUGUGCAGCACUUGGUCUCCCUGACAGAAAUGGACCUGAGUGAUAAUUACAUGAACAUCACUGGAAUUCAUCUUUCAAGUGCACUGAAAGAUGACAUUAACUGUAAGCUGCAGACAUUGAGACAUGCCCGUGGAGAACUGAGAAAAUAUGCCUGUGAGCUCACACUGGACCCAAACACAGCACAAAGAUAUCUCUAUUUCUCUGAGGGGAACAGAAAGGUGACACGUGUGAGUGAGAAGCAGCCGUAUCCUGACCACCCAGAGAGAUUUGACUACUUCUACCCUCAGGUGCUGUGUAUAGAGGGUCUGUCUGAACGCUGCUAUUGGGAGGCUGAGUGGAGUGGUGAUGCUGCUAUAGCAGUGGCCUAUAAAGGCACCAAGAGGAAAGGAGAGAAAGAAGAAACGGUGUUUGGAUGUAAUGCCAAGUCCUGGAGACUGGAGUGCUCUAGUAACAGUUACUCUGCCUGGCACAAUAAUAAGGAGACUGCCAUACCUGUCCCCUCCUCCAGCAGAGUAGGAGUGUACCUGGACUGGCCAGCAGGCACUCUGUCCUUCUACAGCGUCUCCUCUAACACACUCACCCACCUGCACACGUUCCACUCCACAUUCACUGAGCCCCUCUAUCCUGGGUUUAGGGUUUGGCCUGACUCCUUAGUGUUCCUGUGCCAGAUCACAUGAUCUCCUAAUCCUGCAGGAGAGGAGAGCCACACACUCCUCUGUGUGUGUUUGUAUGUGUUUGUGUGUGUGUUCCUUCUCUUGCCUUCUCUUUGUUGCAUCUUCAUCUUUGCUGAUCCCCCUUCAUUUGCUGCUCCCUCGGUUUCUCUUUCUGUGUAUGUAUGUAUGUAUGUAUGUAUGUGUGUGUGUGUGUGUGUGUGUGUGUGUGUGUGUGUGUCAGUGUGAAUUUCGUUGACUAAGACUAUGAUGAAAAAUAUUUGUUAACGAACCUUUUUCACGGAUGAAAAUCAGAUCAGUUUCUAAAAUGUUUCUUAAUUCCUUUUUAUUUAAUCUCUUCAUUGGGGCUGAAACCUUUCUGUGAACUGUAAAUAACAGAUGCUGUUGAUGAACCCAUUGACACUGU